UAUUGACAAAUGACAAGCAGGGAUUGAUAGGAAGACAAAAAGGUAAAAGUCGGCUGGUCGGAUUUUGACAGAGAUAAUAAACCCCGCACGUUCUGCUCGUUAAAACUUGGUGAAAUGUUGAGAAUCCAUGUCGACGACUGCAAGUCAACCGUCAGAUUUUAACCCUCAAUUAUUUUCUGUCUAAAUAUCUCUUUCUCGAAGAAAAUCUGUCCCUGUUUGAGAAGCAGAAACUCAGAAGGUUACUCUCAAGACCUAAAAGAAACACAGUUCAAAGAUCAUAAAAAGUAAGCUUUGUUCUCCUCUCCCAUUUUUAUCAGAAUUGAAUAAUGGCAGGGAUUGUUUGUCCACAUGAAUUUUUGGAUAGUGAUAGAAGCUCAGAGGAUGAAACUGCUCUAAACAUUGCUGAGUUUGAAGGGAUGGGACAAGAACUGUUGCAGGGACAUAAUUUAAUAAAUAAUGAGUUCAUUUCGUUAGAACAAUCAGGUGAAGCUUUGGAUUUAGGAAAUUUGGAGCCAUACACUGGGAUGACUUUUCAAUCCCUAGAUGAUGGAAGGGAUUUUUAUUUUGAAUAUGCCAAGCGCACUGGUUUCACCAUACGAACAAAUCGAAUUCGACACUCACUAAAGAACAUGGCUAUAAUUGGACGGGAUUUUGUGUGUUCAAGAGAAGGUUUUCGUGCAGCAAAGCAUACACAUAGAAAAGACAGGGUUCUUCCUCCAAGGCCAAUUACAAGAGAAGGUUGCAAAGCAAUGAUAAGGUUGGCUGCAAGGGAUGGAGGUAAAUGGGUUGUUACCAAAUUUGUACGAGAGCAUAACCACAAGCUAAUGGCACAUUGCCAAUUUUCCGGGGAGCUGCCAACUAUUAAUAUGCUCAGUGAGGAAGAAAAGGAUAAGAAAAUACAGGAUCUAUACAAUGAGCUACAGCAAGAAAAAGAACGGUCUGCAGCGUUUCGAGAACAAUUACAGAUGAUUCUUAAAGAUCUCGAAGAACAUGCUGAAUUUAUGUCAAUAAGAGUUGAGGACAUAGUUGACAAUCUGAAAAGGGUUGAACUUGACUAUGCAUAGCUAGCCAUGACUUCCUGCAAUUUUUUCAUAGGAUGGGCCAUAACUAGACCUAAUUUUAUAACAUUAGGACACUUCUAAAUUCAAUCCUGGGGUUUGGCAUUCUAAAUGUUUUGAGGCUGACAAAUUAGUUUAUUAGCAUAACACUGUAUCUUAGAAACCACCAUGAUAGAGGAAACAUGUGCUGGGGAUUUCUUGGGUGUUCUCCUCUCAAUGAUUUCAGUUCUAUUCAAACAAGUGAAGAUGAUGAACAAGAUUGUAACAUGUUAAUUUCAUUGAAUUUCAAUAGUAAGUUAUUUUUAUUGGAUCGAAACUGCCUCUCCUUUUACCUCUGCUUCUUUCUCUCUCCCCAUGUUCCGGCAUAUUAUUAAAAGAAAAAAAAAAUUUUUGCAGCUUCAUUGACUGUAAAAUUUUAGAACCAGGAAAGGUUGAAUGUGGAAUUCUCAAUGUUGUGGUCAGACUCUAAGGUGAAAAAAAUAACAAAAUUUGCUC